GCGGAAGCGAACUCUAGUAGGGUACGGCUCCAAGCGCCGGCUGGUGGCAGAGAUCAUAAUGUUGAUGUUCAUGAUGUUCAUGCUGAAAACACAUCGACCAACAACAAUAGACUAGAAGAGCAAGAGUUCCGUUCAAACGCAGGUUUUGCUGAUGAUACACACGACGUUGAUGCGAAUAUCGAGAGCAGGAACCAAGAAGCUUUCGUCGAUCCGGGACCUACUGAACGACUGGUCGAGCACACUACAUGUGGAAUUUUAGCCACGUUGUUGCAGGACACGACUUCUUCUCCCGAUCAUCAUGCUUCUCUCUUUGGAAGUCUGGAUCUUGGCGACCCAGGUGAUGUGCGUUCUGGUGCUCGAGUGCGGCUUGGCGGGCACGAAGAGUUUUCGCUUGAAGAUGAUACCGCGGACAUUGAAAAGGUCGCUUUCGCGAGCAAGGAAGAAGAAGUGUUGCGGGAGAAGAUGAAAAUAAGCGCUACAGCAAGUACGAAAGCACGACGUCUAAGUCAACACCUACUGAAUUUGCACAAACAGAAGACGCUAAAAUUGCCGCACAGUGGUGAACGACAACGACAAGAACUGCCGAACGCAGAUAUUCAUCAAGAAAGUGAAGAAGAAGCAGAUGGGCAGGACCACGUACAACGACAAAACCAUGCUGAGGGUCCCCCACUUCAUCUGAUUUCUGUUGAGACGAAAGCAGAUGUUGCAAGGGCACCAGAUGUGGUUGACGGCAUCCACAAGGAGCUCUCCAAAACCGGCGACGACAAGAACCGUGAAGACGACAAGAACCGUGAGAGGGGCAACAGCGCAGUGACCCCGAACCUGGUUGCUGGGGCAAGCAGUGCGGCUCCGAGAGACAGCAUCGCUAUACCCGGAGCAAGUCCGCCAAAUCGGCGCAUAUCGCUAGCCUCAUCGUCCGGGGAUCGCAGGGGCUCAGUGGCGGGCAGCGAUACUAGACGAGCGUCAGUAAGCGAGCGGCGAGGGUCGAUUACUGAGAGACGCAGUUCGGUUCAAGACUUACUGCGGGACUUUCAAUUUAAUGCAGCUGGCAGUGAUGCCGCAUCGUCGAGCGACCGACGCGGGUCAUUGCGGAGUGCAUCUCUGUAUCAAGACGCGUUACAGAAACGACGAGGAAGCUCCAAUCUGCUGGUACUUGGCAAUUUUGAGUAUGGAGCAGUUGUUGUUUCUGCGGGGAUAUUGACGUAUUUUCUUAGACGUGUCCACGAUCUCGUACUCGUUAUUUAAAAUCUUCAAACUCAGUGAUGAAUCUCAAUCUCUCCAGGCAGUUGGCGUUCCAGGCGACGCGUCGUCUUUUCUAAGUGCGCCUCAAGGAAGGCAACGCAGUCGCUCUUUCGCCUUACCAGCUGAAAAGGACCGCCUUGGGAUUCCCGAAGGACUACCUUUCCCAGUGAAAGGAGAAAAGCGCCUCUCUGUUGGAGCUGCUGCGACGAGUUCUUGUGGGAAGCAUCUUCUAACUAAGACUACUGAAAGUUCUUCAGUCAUGGAGUCACGAGGUGGCGUUGGGCCUUCAUGCGAUCGUCAGCCUGCAGGAACGGGAUUGAGUUCUGAAGCUGUUGAUCCCAACGAUCCACACCCAUCUUCGAUGUCGUCCUUACGGUCACAACUAGUGGACGAUCCACCAGGUCGUGAGCAGAGUUCUUCCACCGGUGCGGCACACCCAUCUUCUGACCUUCAACCUGGCGAGCAAGAAGUAAAUUCCCGUCUUCUACUUCGUGAAAAAGAUCAUGAUCAUACUGGAACUGGACUAGAAGCACAUGCUGUAGCAGCUCCAGUAGAAGCACAUGAACUCGAAUCCCCUGAACCAGCACCAGCACAUAAUUCGUUUUCAACAGCUUCCAAUCUAAAGCUUGGCAAGACCGUGUCCAUCGGUGGCGCCGUGUACAGACAGGACACCGAGAAGACCGAAGACCGACACCGAGAAGACCGAUUGCAGUCGCAGGCAUCGAUGCGACUCGAUCACCGGUUCAAAGAUCAGAAGAACGCGAGUGUAUUUAAGGGUAGGUUAAAGGUGCUUUUCUUACCGCUUUUUAUGCCUCUCUCCCUUAGGAUGAGAAAGGCAUAACAAGCGGGGAAAGCGAGCACCAAAAACCUACCUCUAACGUAUCUGAAGAGCAUCAACUACAUGAUGCAACAGCAAGAACUGGCGUCGAUGGUGAAAGUACACGUGAGGAUUAAGGGCUUCCACCACAUUGCAUCCUUCACUACCAUCCUUGGCCAAUAGCACUUAGUCAUGUGGAAUACAUAGAUCAAGGAUGGUCUGAAGAAUGCAACUCGGCAACCUGUAAGAGGAGGGCAGCGAGCACUGGUUGCGAACAAAGGCAGUAUACACUCAUGCUGUUGACGAGGAGCUGGAGCGCAUGGAGACUGAAUAUUCUCGAGCACUGGUGCGCAGCCCAGAUCGCCGAAGAGUGACAACAACGACGAAAGGCAUUGGAGGCGGGGUGAGCAGUUUUUAUGAGAAUUGGAAAUAAUAAAUAGUUGUUGUGUCCUUAGGAGCUUAUUUUUGUUCCACUUCCAUGUGAGUGUGUCGCGCGUCUAUGAGUUGCUUCCACGAGUGUUUUUGGGACGAGAUCAAGAUGAAUCAUCAUCAUGAUGAAUCAAUUACGCCUCCUUCUAAUAAAGCAGCAACAAUAUUAAACGGGCUCCCGAGCAGCUCAAUGGCACCAGAAGUAGUCGGCAGCGUGGAGCCCUUCGUGGUGCGGGUCCCGUCGGGUCCUACGCCUCUCCUCCUGAUUCGCCAACCGUCCAAUCACGCGAGAACAAAUAUGUGGCUAAUGUGUCUCCUGAUAUACAUUCGAAAUUUUUGCGGCUCUCGUGCGUAAAGUACUGUGAAGACCCCAGAAUGAUGAUGGCACCAGACACGACAGCGUUGUUGAUUAAGGCUUCCCCUGAUGCAGCUUGGGAAGCAUCCUGACGAGACUUUUGAAGGGGAAAAGACACCCAGGAUGCAUCUCGAGAUGGAGUAGGGUGAGGUCCGUCUAAACUGAGCAGCAACUUUUACAACAUGACUUCUUCUGGCACCACAGGUAAUGGCCAUAUGCUUGGUGCUCCCGCUGUUGGCGGACUCGGUUCUGUGCAGAAUCCCAACGCAGGACACCAAGAAUUGUUGCACAUAGGCGAAAACGACGUAGUGUUAUGGCUACCGCUGAAGAAUCCUUACCUACAUCAUCCUUGUUUCUGUUUCUUCUUGAAAAAGAAGCCAACAGGCAUGCUCUCAGGGAUUCGAACGCUGUAGCGCCACCUCUAAUAGGACACGAGGCCGAAGACAGCCACGAUGGUCAAGACCUCGAGGAACUUCCGCUUGGGUGCUCCGCAGGCUCAUUCCUCAGUCACUCGAAUAACGAAGAUGGGGAUCCAUGACGAGUCUCAGACUGAAGUACAAAGUCAGUAAAUGGCAUUUGUAGAUCAGAAAAGCAUUUGUGGACUAGAAAUAAAACCAUCUACUCUGAUAUUUUUUGUAACUGUCACGUUGAACUCGAAUAAGAAAAACUCAACCGUUAAUGAAAAACUUAAUGUUUCGGGAUCAUCGAGUCCGAUUUCACAGCGAACUUCGUUUUCAUGCAUCAAUCCAAAUCCAUCCUAAACCUAGCUUCGAAUUUGUCAGAGUUGCUUCUGGCAUCGAUUGAAAUUGAACAGUGUAACUCUUAGUGCGCCUGCUUGUGCGGUCAAAUUCAGUCAAAGCAUCGUUCGAACAAUAGGCGCCUUGGGAAGCAUUCAGUGUCAGACUUCUAUUGUUUAUGCACAGACUUGAGGCUAGUAGCCGUAUGCAUCAAAGAAAUUGCAAUCCACGAAUGGGAAAACGCAAAUGCGUUCCUUACUUUUUGUGAAAAGUUUCAUGAGAAAUGAAUGCAGUUUCCGGAUAAUAUAUUUUGACGCUGACGAUAAUGGAAGCAUGGAACCAUUAUUGAGGUGAGUCAACGAAGGCCUCCAGAG